AUGUUGCCAAGGGCUUUGGCUUCAUCGACAUGGGGGGGGGUGACGCUUUUCGUCCAUUUCUCCGAGUGCGAACCUGGCAAGCAGCCAAAAGAGGGCGAUAUUUUGACCUUCGAGUAUGAGCCCAGGAAGAACAACCCGGAGCAGUAUCAGGCCAAAAACGUGAAGGGAUGCUCGGCAGAUCGAAUUGCUUGGGGUUCAACUUUCAAUGGUCCAGUCGAGGGGACGGGGACAUGCACCGGGAGAUGCAAGAGCUUUGGUGCAAAGGGCUAUGGCUUCAUAGUCAUGGACGAUGGCACAGAGCUGUUCUUCAACGUGAAGGACUGUGUUGGCAGCAAGCCAGCAGCCGGUGAUAUUCUGAAGUUCGACAUGGCGGACAGUCAGAUGAAGCCAGGCUCAAAAGAGGCCAAAAACGUCACUGGUGGAAGUCAGCCGCUAGAUAUGCAGAUGAAAGGAGGCUGGGGAAUGUGGGGUGAUGGUUGGGGAGGUAAGGGUGGGUAUGGUCCAUGGCAAGGUGAUUGGGGCUGGGAUGGUGGCAAAGGAGGCAAAGGCCAAGGCAUGUGGGGAGGAAUGAAGGGUGGCAUGGGCGGCUAUGGCGGCUAUGGUGAAGCCCUUCUACUGGCCCAAGCAGUGGAAGUGCAGGUCGCCGUGACGCCAAGGCUUCGCCUCUAUGUUUUGGAAGCCUCCAGGAAAGGCCAAGAAACGCUGAUUGAGCAGGCAGUUGCCCAUGGAGCAGCUGCGGGUUGCGAGCAUCAGAAGCAAGGAUUGCUGGACCCUUAUGGCUCAGCAUUGUGGCCCUCAGCCUUGGUUCUUGCACAAGCUGUGGCAGCUCACGUGAAGCUAAAGCCACAGCAACGCAUCCUGGAGCUUGGUGCAGGAUGUGGUUUGGCUUCAUUGCUGGCUGCGCGUUUGGGCGGUGAUGUCUUGGCAACUGACUUUCGUCAGCUGCCUUUGCAGCUGCUCCGUGCAGCUGCCAGGCGCCAGGCCUUGCGGAUUCGUACGGCUCAGCUAGACAUCAGCGAGCUCUCUGUGCCGCUACCGCCAGCAGAGCUGGUGGUGGCGUCAGAUGUUUUGUACGAGAAGGGCACAGCAGAUGGAAUGGCACAUCGUGUGGCCGAAGCGGUUCGACGUGGAAGCGCUGUUCUUGUAGCCGAUGUUGGACGGCCAAAUCGCAAGGCCUUCAUGACACAACUCAGAGAUUUGCUUCCAGAAGUGGAGAUAGGCAGCGAUUUCACAACCGAAGGCAUGGCCAUUCAGGAGACUGAUGGACCUCCCUCACCAUCCCGUGAAGUGCCUGUGCAGCUGCUGGAGCUUCCAAUGAAUGGCCCUGCUUCCCAGACUGUCCGGGCCGCAGCUCGGAGCAUCCGACCAAACAAAGUGGGCGCAAGCUCCCUGGUGGAGAGCACUUGCUGGGAAGUGGGUGUUGAGUCCUUGUCAACAUGA